CUCGUCACAGCAAUCAUAUCGAUUUCAAACCUAAUCCAAGAUAAAAAUUGAAAAAGUGAAUAAAUUGCUUAACCGAUAUUUCAUCAAUCUAAUUGUGUUUCAACAAUGGAUCUUGACACAGAUACCGAAUCUCCGAUGCUUCAUCCGGCCGCUAACUCCACCCGGAAGCUCAAGCAGUACUUCGCUGCCAUUUCCGUCUCUUUGGGGGCCCUAUGUGCCGGCACAUGCCUCGCGUGGACCUCCCCAGCCCUGGCCCAACUCUCCAUCACCGCCAACUCCACCGAGAGUUUCCACCUCACGGACUCACAAGGGGCCGCAGUCGGGGGAAUGAUCGCCAUCGGGGCCCUAAUUUCUGCAAUUCCGUCCGGUUUCCUCGCUGAUAGAUUCGGGCGAAAAAACGUGAUUUUCGUCCUUUCGCUCACUUUCCUCCUCAACUGGAUUUUGAUAAUCUUUGCACAAAAUGUGACAACGUUGAUAAUCGGGCGUAUUUUCGCCGGAAUUGGGACCGGAGCCAUUUGUGUCGUUGGGCCGAUUUACAUCGGAGAAAUCGCGGAGAAGUCAACAAGAGGGGUCUUAGGGGCCCUUAUCAACAUGUUUCUCUGUUCCGGGAUUUUACUGACCUGUGUGUUUGGCUCGUUUACCACUUGGCGAGUCUUGUCGAUGAUUCUGGCAACGGUUCCGGUGAUUUUCGGCGUGAGUUUUCUCUUCAUGCCGGAAACUCCGGUGUAUUUGGUGAAAACGAAGAACUUGGAAAAGGCCGAGAAGACUUUAAUCGAGUUCAGAGGGAGCAAUUAUGACAUCAAUACCGAAUUGAAGGAAAUCCAGAGGGAAGUGGAAGCCUCGCAACAGAAUUCGGCGAGUAUCAAGGACAUCUUCACUUCGAAAGCCAACAGAAGGGCUUUCAUGUCCGUGGUUGCAGUCCUCGCUUUCCAACAACUCUGCGGAGUCAACGCUGUUGUCUUUUACACCGUGCCAAUUUUCCAAGCUGCUGGCAGCUCGCUUCCGCCGGAUGUUGUCGGAAUUAUUAUCGCUCUUGUUCAAGUCCUCUCAGCUUACAUUUCUCUGCUAGUCAUCGAAAAGGCUAACCGGAAAUUCUACCUUAUGCUCUCCUCCGUCGGAAUGCUCCUUUUCCUCACAGCUUUGGGCAUGUAUUUUCACCUCAAAAGUCUUAAUGUGGACAUCGGCCAUCUCAGUUUUAUCCCCAUUGGGAGCGCUGUUAUGUUCAUGAUUUCUUUUUCUUUCGGUUACGGCCCCAUUCCAUGGUUGCUCAUGGGUGAGCUGUUCGCCCCCGAAAUUAAGGGUGUAGGAAAUGGGUUCGCGAUUGCAACGAAUUGGUCGUGUGCUUUUCUAGUGACUUACUUUUUCCCCAUUAUUAAAAGUGGGCUUGGGGCUCACGUUGCGUUUUAUAUUUGUGCAGGAAUCAAUGCACUUGCGACUGUUUAUGUCGGGUUUAUAGUGCCUGAAACGAGGGGCAAAACGCUGCUAGAUAUUCAACAAAUUUUAAACAAAUAACUAACUGAUUAUCAAUUCUAUUCUAUUCUCUUAAUUUUAUUUAUUUAUGACAAGGUCUCACUAGGUUAAGUUUUUGUACAAGACUGUAUAGAAUAAUAAAUAAAUUAUUUUUGUAGUUAUAAAAAUGUGUUUAUUAUUUUUUAUCUAAUAUUACUAUAAUAAUUAUACAAAAAUGGUCGCAAAUUUUAUCUAGUACGCAUUGUUGGCUGCCUAACAUGUUCUCUAAGAAGUCGAGAAUGUCUAGCGACAUCUUGUUGCGAGUUUUCGGUUCUUUUAUCACAAUUCUAACUUACAAGAAGGUUUCUAUGACCCGUAACAAUUUUGUGCAGCAAACAUUAAUUCUAUAUAAAUCAAUAUUAAAUACUUAUUUGUACCUA